UGUACGGGGAGAAGAGGACGGAGGUGUCAGGAGCCGAGUGGACGCCACUGCUGGGACAGAAGAGACAUGCUGGACGAAUGGCUGGGUGGGAUGGACGGCUGCGCGGUGACGGGAGCGCUCACCUUGGGCUUCCUGGGGCUGCUGUACUGGUACUCUGUGUCAGCGUUCUCUCAGUUGGAGAAGAUGGGGAUAAGACAUCCGAAGCCGAUCCCGUUUAUCGGGAACGUCCUGCUCUUCCAGAAGGGAUUCUGGGAAGGAGCCUGUGAGAUGAUACGAACAUACGGACCGAUUACAGGAUACUACAUGGGGCGGCGUCCGAUGGUUCUGUUAUCGGACCCGGAAGCCAUCAAACAAAUUCUUCAGAAGGACUUUGCAAGCUUUACUAACAGGAUGAAGCUGAACUUGGCAACGAAGCCGAUGAGUGACAGCUUGCUGUGCCUGCGGGACGAGAGGUGGAAGCGCGUGCGCAGUAUCCUCACACCCUCAUUUAGCGCCUCUCGUAUGAAAGAAAUGUGCCCGCUGAUAAACCAGGGCUGUGAUGUGCUGAUCAGUAACUUGCAGCCGUAUGCGGACUCAGGAGAGCCGUGUAAUGUUCAGAGAUGUUUUGCCUGCUAUACGAUGGACAUUGUCGCCAGCGUGGCUUUCGGUACAAAAGUGGACUCGCAGAAUGAUCCGGAUCACCCACUGGUGCAGAACAGCAAAAAGUUCCUGGAGUUAUUCACUCCCUUCAAACCGUUUGUUCUGCUGACAAUGGCGUUCCCCUUAAUAAUGUUUCCCAUCGCCCGUCGCGUUCCCAACAAGAAACGUGACCAGAUAAACAGCUUCUUCCGCAAGGCCAUCAGGGAGAUGAUCGCCCUUCGAGACCAGCAGCCGGCUAACGAGAGACGGCGAGAUUUUCUGCAGCUCAUGCUGGACGCCCGGGAUGCAGCAGCACUCGUUUCCGUGGAUCACUUUGACAUCGUCAACCAAGCUGACCUGUCAGCUUCACACAGGGGAAGUGCGGAGGCACAAGGUGAGGAGACCACAAGGAAAUCAACGAAGACGCUGGAUGAGGAUGAGAUCCUGGGCCAAGCCUUCAUCUUCCUUAUCGCUGGAUAUGAGACCACCUGCAGCCUUCUGUCUUUCACCACCUACCUACUGGCUACCAAUCCCCAUUGCCAGGAAAAGCUGCUCAAUGAGGUGGAUGAGUUUGCCGAAACACAUGAUGGUGCGGACUACAACACUGUUCAUGAUCUGCCUUAUAUGGACAUGGUCAUCUCCGAAUCCUUGCGCAUGUAUCCCCCCGCCUUCAGGUUUGCUCGUGAAGCGGGUAGAGAUUACACUGUGCUGGGGUGUAAGAUAAAGGCUGGAACGGUGGUGGAAAUUCCCAUCGGCUGCAUGCAAAACGAUCCACAGUACUGGCCGGAGCCGGAGAAAUUCACACCGGAGAGGUUCACAGCAGAAGAGAAGCAGAAGCGCCACCCAUUCUCUUACCUCCCGUUUGGCGCAGGGCCGCGCAGCUGUAUCGGAAUGAGACUCGCCGUCCUGGAAGCCAAAAUGACUCUUUACCGCGUCCUGAGGAAAUUCCGCUUUGAAACCUCGUCCCGCACCCAGAUUCCACUCCAGGUCACCACCGUGUCCACUCUGCGGCCUAAGGAUGGGGUGUAUGUGAAGGUUGUGGCUCGCUAGCGUCUCCUGCAGGCAACAAGGGGAUCCUGGGUGAUGGCAA